AGUAUUUUUAAGUAUAAAGAGGGGGGGAAUUUGUGAAUUUGUAGAGAGAAAAUGGCGGUUGCUGGGGUUGAUCGGAAUGUGGCAUUGUCGCCGGAGGCGCCGCUGGCUCCGGUGACGGUUGAACGGAAAGUUAGGACUGAUUUGGAAACUUCUAUUCCAAAGCCUUAUUUGGCAAGGGGAUUGGUGGCUCCUGAUAUGGAGCACCCCCAUGGAACUCCUGGACAUAGGCACCAUGGCAUGAGCGUUCUUCAACAGCACGUUGCGUUCUUCGAUCAGGAUGAGAAUGGCAUUAUCUACCCUUGGGAAACUUAUUCCGGGCUACGUCAAAUUGGCUUCAAUAUGAUAGCAUCUCUCAUAAUUGCCAUCGUUAUCAAUGUUGGUUUGAGUUAUCCUUCUUUGCCGGGGUGGAUACCUUCUCCUUUCCUCCCAAUAUAUAUUUACAAUAUACAUAAGUGCAAACAUGGAAGUGAUACUCACACCUAUGACAGAGAGGGAAGGUUCAUGCCCGUGCAUUUCGAGAACACUUUUAGCAAGUACGCUCGCACUCUGCCUGAUAAGCUUACUCUUGGAGAACUCUGGGAAAUGACCGAAGGCAACAGGGAGGCGUUCGACUUAUUUGGCUGGGUGGCGAGCAAAAUGGAGUGGGGAAUUCUGUAUGUUCUCGCUAGAGAUCAAGACGGUUUUCUAUCGAAAGAAGCUAUAAGGCGUUGUUUCGAUGGAAGUUUGUUCGAGUAUUGUGCCAAGAUACAAAUGGAAAAUGAAGGAUGGUUGAAGGAAGAAUAGUUGGCAAGACUAUUAUAAAGCAACAUUGUAAUAAAUAAGGCAAUAAUAGCCUUGAAUUGAACUUGUAUUUUGCACAUGUUAAUUGCUAAUAGUAUCACCCGAAUUGGCGUUAAGAGUGCUACUAGUCGAAUGUUCGUGUAACUGGUGUUCGAUAGAGUGCUACUAGUCGAAUGUUCAUGUAUUUUUACCAGGUCUUUCGU